AUGGCGGCGGUAGGCAAGGUAGUCAUCAUUGCUCCUAGCGACGGCGUGACGCAGGUCAAGACCCUGGAUGCUUUCAAGGUGUCGCGGGAGCUGAAGGAGGUGGUGCCCGGCGGAAUAGGCAAGGUGCGUCUGAACCUGCGACUCAACCUGCUGGCCGUGGACACCAACUCCACGGAGGCGACAGCCAAGCUGCUCACCCUGAAGACGCUCUGCGCAAUGCCCGUGCGCGUGCGCGAGCCGCACGCCUCGUAUGGCACCGUUGGCGUGGUGUACAACAUCCCGCCAGGCGUUAGCGACAGGCAGCUGGAGGCGGCCAUACGUUGCCGGGCGCCCGUGGUGGCGGUGCGCGUGGCCCCGGGCGGCGGCCCGGCGGUCGUCACGUUUGCCUCGACCCACCUGCCGGCGCGCGUGCUCGUCGGGCUGGUGGAACACCGGGUGCACCCGCACGUCGAGCGACCGCCACGCUGCCGACGCUGCGGCCGCAUCGGCCACAUUCAGGUGGUCUGCUGUAGCCCGGCCACGUGCAGGCGCUGCGGUGGAGCGCACGGCCACGCGCUCUGCUCAGCGGCUCGGCCGGCGUGCGUCAACUGUGGUCAGAAUCACGAGCCGGACUCCAACGCGUGUCCCAAGUGGAAAGAAGCUGUGCGCAUCGCCAGGUACCGAAGCAGGCACAAAGUCGACUACGCAACGGCCAGGGCAGUGGUCACGCAACAGAUGCCCAAAUCGACCCGACGCGUCAAGCAAAAGGCAGUAGCUAACACCAUCGACAAGCUAGUCCAAGCGCUGCUCUGGCUCUGCAAAAAGUUCCUGUAG